CAAAAGCGUCUCAGAGGGAGGUCCAUCUUAUACUGGAGGGAAAGAGCGGUCAGUGGAAACAGCCGGACGGUAAAAAGAAGCACAGAAGAGUUAGAGAGACGAGGUUUGACAAAGACAAGAAAGAAAAACAAAGGGAUCAAAGGAAUAUCAGCUUUAAAUAAACUGUAAAGGAAUUUAUGAAAGGAUUGGAGGAGGUGCCGAGGGCAAAGGAGAAAAAAAGGAGUGUAGAAAGAGAGGAGAAAAUCUGAAGGAGCUCAAAGAGAGAGAGAGAAAGAGAGAGAGAGAGAGAGGAGAGAAAGCGUACAAUAGAGUGGGACGGACUGGAGGGGAAAAAGAAAGUAGAGAAGUGGGGGAUUUACAUGCUGCGACUGGAAUGAAUGAUUCAUUUUGGAUUUAAAACGUAAAGCGAAGGACGAACACAUUCAUAUAUAUCUCUGUGUUGCUGGACUUAAUAUGGAGCUAAAGUGGAGUUUUCUGCUUCUGGGUCUCCUGGUUGUGCUCACUGGAAAGGCUAAGUCAUGUGGUCCUGGGUUCCUGAUAGAGGGAAAGGGGUGCAAAGAUGAGAAUGAGUGUGAGGACAAUCCCAAUCUCUGUGGAGAUCAUUCAAUCUGUCACAACACAAACGGCAGCUACUACUGCACCUGUCAGCCAGGAUUUCAGUCCACAAAGCCCAACUUUACUGCCACAGAUCCCCACUGUAAAGACAUAAAUGAGUGUACAGAUAACAACCCCUGUCCCAAGAACUCAACGUGUAAGAACUCUAUGGGCUCGUACACGUGUGAGUGUUUACCUGGCUUCAAGCUAUCCACAGAAACCGCCGCCUGUAGAGACCUUGAUGAGUGUGCUAGAGCGCCCCCUGUGUGUGGUUCCUAUGGCUCAUGCAAUAACACACCUGGCAGUUUCACCUGCACUUGCCCCAUGGGCUUCCGUAACCAGGGCAACAGCAGUACCGCAUGUGAAGACAUUGAUGAAUGUGACAGUGAGGAAUACAAGUGUGGAAAACAUGGAAGCUGCUCCAACUUAGCCGGCAGCUACCACUGCAAGUGCAACCCUGGAUACAGUAACUAUGGAAACAACCAGACCAAAUGCACAGAGCUGAAGUGUGACAGAGCCAACGUCACACCCAAACAGGCUGCAAUGGGUGACUUAUUGAAUCUGUUUAAGUCGAGCUGUCAGUCACUGAGUCAUCAAAAGCAGCAACACGACUCAGGAAAAACUUUACUGAAGCACCUCAUGAAUGUGGGUGGUCAGGUGGUGUCCAGCGGUAACGUCAGUGACAGUUCAACACUGAGUACGUUUCUGGGGACAAUGGAGGAUACACUCCGCCUCAUCGUACCCCAGCUCAAUGAACCCCUCACCAAAGUGAACAACGACAACUCAGAGGCGUGUAUGGCGGUGAAGAAGGACCUGACUCGGCCCAAAGGCAGUAUGAUUAUGAACGCUGAGGGUGUUCAUCUAAACAUCAGCUGGAAAACAGCAGCUGGGGAAGAGUACCCAGGUUUUGCCUACGUGGCUCUGGUCAGUUAUAAUAAAAGCUUGAACUACCCCACCACCCCUGUCCUCGAGGAUCCAAAGGCUGAGAGCAGAAACGCUUCGUACCAGCUCAACUCUCGAGUGGUGACGGUGCUUGUCAGUAACACACAAACUGAACACCUGCCUGAGCCCGUAACACUCACCUUCAAACACCUGCAGAACGGGGCGGUGUCUGAGCAGCUGAACUACAGCUGUGUGUACUGGGACGAGACUCGGGAUGGAGGGGCGUGGUCACAGAAGGGCUGCAUGACGGCAGAGUUUAAUUCCACACACGCCGUGUGCACCUGGUCUCACCUGAGCAGCUUUGCUGUCCUUAUGGCCCUCUAUCCAGUCAAGGACACCUUUGAGCUGGUGUUGAUCACCCGGAUCGGUCUGACUCUCUCUCUGGUGUGCUUGUUUGUGUGUAUUCUGACGUUUUGUUUGUGCCGCUCCAUCAAAGGCACCCGCACCACCAUCCACCUGCACCUGUGCCUCAGCCUCUUCAUCGCUGACUUCAUCUUCCUCUUCUUCAUCUCCAGCACCACGAACAAGGUAGGGUGUGCGGUUGUGGCCGGUCUGUUGCACUUCUUCUUCCUCUCAGCGUUUUGCUGGAUGCUGUUAGAGGGGGUCCAGCUCUAUCGGAUGGUGGUCCUGGUUUUCCACACCACACUCCGUUCACUGUAUCUGUACGCUGUGGGGUACGGGGUCCCUCUGGCCAUCGUCAUCAUCUCCGCCAUCGCGUACCCUAGUGGAUACGGAACAGAGCGCCACUGCUGGCUCUCUCUUGAGGAAGACUUCAUCUGGAGCUUCUUCGCUCCCGUCUGCAUCGUCAUCAUCCUCAACAGCUUCUUCUUCGUCAUCACCGUGUGGAAGCUGGCGGCAAAAUUCUCCAGCCUCAACCCGGACUACUGCAGACUGAAAAAGCUCAGGGGUUUUGUGGUGACGGCCGUGGCUCAGCUGUGUGUGCUGGGGGGGAUGUGGGUGUUCGGCUGUUUCCUGUUUCAGGAGCAGGGCACUGUGGUGAUGCUGUACCUGUUCACUCUGCUCAACAGCCUGCAGGGGGCGCUAAUCUUCAUCAUGCACUGCUUAAUGAGCAAAGCGAUAAGAGAGGAGUACAGCAAGCUGUGUGGUGGAGUCUGCACACAACAGAAGAAGAGAUACUCCGAAUUCAGCACCAACCAAUCCAGCAACAGCCAGAAGCCUCUCAGGAGCGCUCCCAGCACAGGAGAGUCGCAGAUAUGAAGAACUCGCCGCACCUUCGUGGAGCUUCGCAAGUGCUAAACGUUUCAAGCUGUAUGUUAGUUUAUUUUCCAGCAACAAGACGACUCGUCAGCUAAUGGCUCUUUAGCUAUUCACAGCAGCCGGAAAAGGGCUUCGGCACGUGUUCCGUUCAGGCAGUGGGGUCCGACGUAUGGAUUGAAAAUGGCCCCUCGCUGCCAGUUUCAACAACUGUAUUUCUUCUUUUAGCUUGCCUAGAUGGGUGAUUGACUCACUUGGUCUGCAUGUAGACACAUGCACAGAAAACCACUUUUUUAAAAUAUAAAGAAUUUGAUGUGGUAAAUAAGCACUGUUUUCAAAACAUACUGUUCCCAAUCCACACAGUCCAUACAUGCGUACGGAUUUUGGAUUCAUUGUUUUUUGUGCAGUUUAGCCCCACCUGUUCACACUGAAGUUAUAAGGAGUGUUUCAGCUUGGGCUGUGUCUUGAAUGAGCCACAAUACAGCAGCCAAUCAGAACAGGGGACAUUUACAUGAAUCAGUCUUAAAGGAACUGUCCUGUAAAACUGAAUUACGACUACUUUUUAUGUGAUGUAGAAUUGAGUUUUUACUUUGGUUUUCCCAGUGAGAGUUGACAGUAUUGACAGUAGUGAUAAUAAUAUCAGCCAUCUGAGUAUGUCACACUUCAGCAGUAGUUACUUAAUGUCAAUACAUAUGUCUGAUUUGUACUUUUUAUGGGGUCUUUGGCCGCUGGUGGCCCCCCUUUCCCCAGUGUAAAGUCCACCGCAUGUGACCAACCAGAUUGGAGGGAAUUUGUAGGUUGUUUUUAUUCCAUUCAGGUGGAAAAAUGAGCUUGAAAAAUCCACCAGUUGUGUAAAGCCUUGGGUUCACUACAUAACUCUUACCCGAAUUUUAGCCCUGAUUCUCAGUCUGGUUCAGCCUGAGCUGGUCGGCUCUAGUCUGCAGAUUUUGGGUCAGUAAGAGUCGACAGUUGAAGAGAGAAUCGAGUCAUGAGUGAGGGACACAGACUCAGAUUUACUGCCUCCUGAUCACGUUUCAGACCAGUUGGAAUUUAUCAAACAUGAUUUUUUUGACCUGAAUCUAGUGUAAACUGGUCAACGACUCAAUCUGAAGACUCCUGCAACAGCCAAUGAAAACAGAGAGCAUGAAAGAAGAAAAUACAGCAAAUAAACAAAGAAAAAUGGUGAAAAGUCUCUCACGUGUGGGGCGAAGCUUUUUAAUGAGCUGAGUUUAAGGCACAAUUGAGCUUAUGUACAUUUAACACUCUAAAAAAUACCAACUGAUCACAUUUUUAAUCCAUGACCCUCACUUAAACAUGUUUACCUGCUGCUUCUUUACUGUGUCAGUGCAAACGGUAGAGAAAACAGCAGCAGCAGAUCAUGUUUGUUUAUUUGCGUCACCUAGUAAUGGGAGAAUGCAAGAGUUUGUGAGUGUUCGCGAGAGUUAUCGUGAGUUGGCGCGAAUUCAGUGAGUCCGUUCAGUUUAGCAACAGCUUAAAAGUUGAGUAGUGUGUGAUCCUCAAUAUUUCAGUCGCCCCAAAAAAUCUGCACAAACCAAUCAGAUCGUAUGAGAUGUCCAACCUUUUUAUAAUAUGUUAAGACUUUAAAAGCUGUCUUGUGAACCCAAGGUGAAUAAUAAGAUCUCCUCACAGCCUUAAUGACUCACAAAGGCAGUGUAUAUUUCUUUCUCCAUAGACAACUGUGCUGGAAAAUUGAGGAAAAAGCAAAAAAAAACGUAGCAAAGUAUUCCCUCAAUGCCCUACUGUAACAUUAGUCUAGUAUGAUGCUGAUUACUGAAGAUGAGCUAUUCCUGUCUGUCAUGUUAUUCUUCAGAGAUGAAAGAUUACAUUAGAAUUGCAGUUAUUAUAAAUCGAAUGUGAUAAAAGGACGUUCAAGGUACUUUUGGAGCAACAAACACAAAGCCUACGUAACUAGAGACAAGCUUUUAAGUGCUUCCGUAAAAUUCACAACUUUAUUUAUUUCAAAAGAGGAGUCUGUAUUGCAAAUGUGAGCAAAUCUAUGAUAUUUUUUGAGUCUGAAAAUCUAUAUACAUUUUAACUUACUUGGUUACUUUGCUAGCUAUCUAUAUAAUAAGAAUACAGACGUCCACUGAGGACGACUCAAGCACCUGCCUUUCUACUUUAUAUGCUAUUGUGAAUGUUAUACAAAAUGUGCAUUUUAUAUUUCUCAGUAAUAUAAUACCUCUUUCAAGGAUUUGAUAUGUGAAGUGGUCAGUGUCACAAAAUUCAAAGGGAGCGAAAAUCCACAUCAGCACAAUUCAGUUCAACAGAUGCUAAAUAAUCCUUGUUUUUCUGUUUGUUCUCAUUUGAAUUUUAUCAGAGCACUUUCUUUCUUAUUGUCUCGUAUUGUGAGAAAUGUCAGCUUUGUUUGUAUUGAUAUUAGCAUCUAAUGAAUCGUUAGUAAUUCUGUGUUUUCUGUUUUUAUUUUAUUUUUAAAAACUUUCUGCAUUUUUUUGGGGUGGGGGGCGGUGGGGGUUGUUUCUGCAAUUAUUGUACUUGAUUUGUUACCUUUGUUAUUUUUUAUAUUUGAAGUUCUAGUUUUGAGGUUGCACUUCUGAUGAAGCUCAGGGUCGAACCCUGAUUAGGUACUGAUGUCUUUUCCAGCUUUGAUUAAAGUAUGAAAAAAA